GAACUCAAAAUGGGAACUGAUGGCGGCAGUGUUAAUAGUAACAGACUAACAGUGGUGGCCAAUUAGAAACUCUCAAAUCCAAGCAGGGAUAAUUAAGUUGUGUUUUUGUGGGGCCAUUGCCACCUUUCCUUCCCUUAAAUACCUCCCCCUCCUCCCCCAUCCUACGCAUUCCAUUCCAUCAACCCAAGAUCAUCUACCUAAUCAACUCCUCUCAAGCUCCAAGAAAUCAAUAAAUCCAGCUUCGCCUGUCAGGUUGAUCUGUCCAGUUGUGCAGACACAUCGUUGAUCCUCGGAAUUAUUCGAUCUGCUUCCCAUAGAGAGGUUGCUCGUAAUGGAUCUCGCGACGACGCCGGCGCGGCGGCCCAUGGAGCCCGGGCUGGCGCGGCGGCUGUGGCACGUGGUGCUCGCCGUGUGCCACAUGCUCCGCCGCGGCCUCUCCCGCAAGCGCAUCAUGAUGGACGUCCACCUCCUCCUCGGCCGCGGCAAGCUCGCCGGCAGGGCGCUGCGCGGCCUCCUCGCCCACCCGGCGGGCCACGGCCACGGCCACCUCACCUCCUACGGCGCGUCCAGGGCGUCCUCGUCCUCGCUGGCAUCGUUCUACGGCCACCCGCGGGAGGUGGAGUUCAGCUGCACCACGACGCCGUCGUACCCGCAGCACUACGGGCUCUUCCCCUUCAAGGGCCGCGGCGGCGGCCGUGGCGGCGCGCGCGGCGAGUACGGCGGCCUGGACGCGGCGGCCGUGGCGCGGGCGUUCGAGAUGCUCAGCGCCGAGGUGGAGGCCGGCGGGGGCACCCCCGCCGUGCCGGCGAGCGGUGUGGCCACCGCGACGCCGUCGCCGAUGGUGGCGUGGAUCCUGGGCCGCAGCCCCGCUGGGGUCCGGCCGCUGCGGGUCACCGACUCGCCGUUCCCCGCCGUGCCGGAGGACGGGUGCUGCAACGAGCGCGUGGACGCCGACGCCGACGACUUCAUCCGCAAGUUCUACGAGCAGCUCAGGCUCCAGCCCUCCGCCGCCACGCCGGACUACUGCGGCCACCUGCGCCGCCGCGGCUAGCCGGCUUGCUGAAUUUGGUUGGGAAAUUGGGAUCCGUGUUGUCCGUGGCCGCAUGCAUGCAUGAGCAUGGGACGAUGGCGACGCGCCGCGACCGCGACGAGAGAAACAUGCUUGGCCCGGAGCGCGAAAAUCACUUGGUUUACCACGAGGACAUAUAUAUCUACGUCGUAUUUGGAUUGUUGGUUUAGUUUGGUCAUCAAAUUGAGGUAAAUUUAAUGUAGAAUUUGAGUGGCCAUGGCGAAGCCGAUCCAUCGUUCAAUGUUGAUGAAAUUGUUGAUGGUGCUGUUGUUUCUCGAUCACUUUGUAUGACACACGCACAAACAUCUCUUUCUUGGAGUUCA